AAAAGUGUCAUAGGAGCUAAGCAAUAUAAUCCUGAAAAGACAUUAUAAGAAAAGAAGUAAAUAAAUAAAGAAAAGAAAAGAACAAGUUAUGAUAAAAUAAAUGAGAAACCAUAAAUGACAGAAAGGUUCGAUUCUAAUAACCAUAACAAUUUUAUUAGUUUCUUCAUUUUCAAGAGGACCCCACUUUUUUUUUUUUUUACUUUUCUCUUUCAGUAUAACCGUUUUAUUAUUUUUCUUUUUCCGGUUGUGGACUCUUUAGAUUUACCUGCCCAUUCCGUUUUCCGUUUUAUUAUUACCAAAUAUUUAGGGUUUUUAUUCCUCGAUUUCUCCUCCAAACAACAUGCCACGUUGCUCACACAGCACGUGCCGAUCUUGCUUUGGGACAAAGGCAGUGACAGUUAGAACCCCCACUCGCACCUGGCUCGUGAAAGCCACCCGCUCAACUCUUGUUUGAUUAGGGUUUUUGGAAAGUGAGUAAGCAUCCCACCAGACACGCUGACGUGUCGUUCCCUUAUUGGAUGGUGAUUUUCUCUGUGGUCUUCUUGCAAAUGUUAGAAUAGAGAGAUACACGUAAUAAUGUGAAAAGAUUACAGAGAUAUACUAGACUUUAAAACCUCAGCACCUCACUCCUCCUAUAUAAACCUCUAAUUUGGGCCUUUAAUUUUAUAAUAUUAUUUCAUUUCUUUAAUGUGUUAAGAGUCUUUUAUUUUCUCUCUCAUUUGUCUGAGUGUUUCGUACAGACACUCUCUCUCUCUCUCUCUAGAAUUUCAAGGUUUUCUCUUUGUUUUGCCUUCGGACAGCUUUGAUUCGAUCCAAGAUUCAUUUCUGGGCGUCUUUAGUUCUUAGUUUUCUGUCGAAAGGUUGUGUUUUUUUUUUUUCAGCUGUGGAGAAUUUUUUGUCGGUCGAAAAGUGGGUGUUGUUAUGAUCUGAGGUCUCGAUUCAAGUAAAAGCAUUUGUAGUUCUUCUCCUUUUUCACAUGGAGAAUAGCGCCACGUCGGUACGAACUGGAGCGAUAUCGAUAGGUCUUAAUCUUCCAAUGCCGGUGAAGGAGAAAGGAGAUUGUCAGCAUUUUUGUCUACGUCAAUAUGUUGCUGAGAUGAAAAAGAAGGACAUGCAAAUUUGUUCACCUUUUGGAUCAAGCAGUAAGCCCGAGGAGAAACUUCCUCCUCUAGAUACUAGUGACGGUGAGUUCAUCUCGUCGUUGAAACGCAACAAAAUGAUAUGCAAUGUGGUUGGAGCUGAGACUGUAAAAGCUGGUAUAGAUGAGACUGUAAAAGCUGGUGGUGGAACUGGAUCUGAAGGUGUUAGAAUAGAGAAGAUUGGCGAUCCAGCUACCGAGGUGAUAGCAUCUAAGCAAUGUUCAGCUCGAGAAAUAGAACCUAAGAGCCCAGUUGCUAAUCCGUCGAACAGCAGUACAAAGAUUGCAGUUACCGAGCCAAUUCCCUCAAAUGAUGGAAAUGACAAAGCAGCUCUUCAUGACAGUAGAGAUAGUGAAAUUGAUCCAGAGAAAGAAAAAAGCUCUCGAAAUGGACAGAGAUCUACUUCAAACACUUCAGAUCAAAUAGUUCUUGGUGGCAGCAAAGAAAAGGCUCUUAAUAUGAGAAAUGUCAAGUUAUGUAGAUCACCUUCUCUUGGAUCGAGAAAAGGAACUGAAAAAACUCCAAAAAUGCGGUUGCUGACUGACUUGUUAAGUGAAAAAGUCAAUUUGGAGACGAGUCAUGCCAAUGCAGAACGAUUUUCAGCGAAUACCAUUUCCCUGGUGCCUUCUGAGACAGUUGCUCAACCUAAGGAUAACGUGUCUGUUCUUGAAAAUGUAGGCAAAGGUAUCAAGAUUUCUCGGAAGAAAAGGAAUAUGUCUCAAGAAGACGCCUCCAAGUUAGGGAUGAACCUAGACGGUAAGAUGGCUAAAAGAAUGAAGGCGUUAAAUCAAAAUCAAAAUGCUGAGAGGAGUCCCAUGGAAAUUAAAGUUACUGAUUCACGUUCAGGAGAGAAUGGAUCUGAUAGAGAACGUCUACAGAGUGGUAGCAGAAGUGUGAAGAAUAAGCAUAUAAGUGACAAGGAUUCUGGAGUAAGUAGAAAGAAACAUAAGCAGGCUCAAGUUGUCGGUGGAUAUUCUCAUCAAAUGCCCUUGGAAGGGAAAGACAGUACUGGUAUUGUCACUAGUGGAUACGGUGCUAAUAUUCUCUUUCAAUUGUCACAUGCUUCCCCAAGUACUGGGAAAGUUGAAUGUCGUUUGAGGAAUAACAAUGAAUUAUUGCAGGGAAAAGAAAGAGAUUUUGGUUUGAGCUUGAACAGUAACAAGCUACUCGAAGUUAGACAUGCCUCUUCUCAUAUGAAUGUGGUACCAGAUAAGAAUUUGAGAAGAGACGGUUUAUCAAAAGGGAAAAAUGUUGUACAACUGCCGAUUGGUAUGGGAAUGGUGACUCCUCAGCCAGAAAAGGAGUUAUCUAUUAUAGGGAAGUUAGACCGGUCAUUAAAUAGCUUCAGGGAUGCUCAGAAACAUGUUAAAAAUGAUACAAUCCAAAGCAAAAACACAACAAAUUGGCCAUUGGUUCUACAAAAGGGCAAUAAGAGCUGUGAUCUUUUCAGGUCAAAUGUGUCUGAAUGUGUACCAAGUCAAUCUUCAAGGAAAGGAGUGAAUUCUCUCGUACCAAAUGUGUUUGAGCCAGGGAAAUCUUUGAGGAAAGCAGCGAAAUCCCUUUUUAGACGGCCACAUGUGUCUGAAACAGAUCAAUCUCUGAGGAAAGGAGUUAAACCUCUUGUGAGAAAGACAAAUGUUCCUGAAACACGUCAAACUUCGAGGAAAGGAAUGAUUUUUGAUCUCAACCAAGGAAUUUCUCAAACACCACCGAUGUGGCAAGAGAUUCAGAGCUCUUCAGAUCUGCUUCAACGGGGAAAUCUUCAAGUUCAAAAGCCAACGGAAACGGCCAGGAAUCAGUAUGCAAGGAGUCAUCCCCAGACCCAAAGUAAUUUGACGAUCGAAAGAAAUAGAAAUGGAGGACUUAGAUGGUUACAUCCUGGAUCAACUAGCUUCUAUCCAGUUCAUGCAAAUGUAAAUGCUGAUGUUGGAGCUCUCAGAGGAAACGUUCUCCACUUAUCUAAUGUUAAAGCGAAUAGUACUGAGAUGGCGCAUGUUCAGGAGAUGCAGUUCAAACUAUUCGGCGCUUCAACACAAAUUCAGCAGAGACCAUCAAACGCAGUGCAAGUUUCUGCUCCUGUCCCCGCCAAAUGGGGGUUGCAGCAUGGCGAAGGACCAAAACCUGUAUGGUUUCCUACUGGACAGAACAUAUCAUUUGGACAUGAUAAUCCCAAAACGGUUCUCGAACAACCUUCUGGCUCAGUUCAGAAGGGUCGGACCAUUAGUGAUAUAAAGACUAAGGAAUCGCAUUGUUCAAACAAGACCGGAAACCCAGGUGUGGGGCCUUCAAACUUCAAACAGAGACCUUUCUCUCCCUGCAUCAACCACCCACCGAUUCAAAGUAUCCUCUUCAAUGGAUCGUUUUUGUCAUAUAAUAAAUCCUCUAGUGUUCAUAUGAGUGGUUAUGCUGCAGGUCAGAGCUCCCAACAGCCUAUUCCUUACUUUAAUGCUCAAGAAUCUCUUCAACCUCAAGUACAAGAGGAAAAAAGGAAGUGUCGUGCACCCGCACGACUCGGCGGAACAAACUUGUCGCAGUCAAGAGGCCUCCUGCGCACCAUUAGAGUUCCCGAGUCAAGAGGAAUUUUCGGUGCAUCAUGUUCUAAAGUUGUUCCGCUACAGGAUGAUAAUGCUUACAAAUCAUUGAACGCAGAGGGCUGUAGUACUCGUGUAGCUGUACUGCCUGUUAGCAGAAUUCCUGAAAAGGCAGAAAAGGAUCCUCCUUGCCUUUUCAAUCAAAAUCCUGCUGACAUUGCCCAUGCCGAUGAUGAAACGUACAUGAGAACUGUUACGGAUCAACGAGUUCGUGACAAGAGUGAGUUGAAAGAGAAAACUGGACAUGCACAUUUGGAUGGGCGGAAGCGGCAAAGGAGAAAAGAAAGACCAGGGAGAAUGCCGCUAGCAUGCCGUGCAUCCUAAAUGCAAUCUUUGUCUUAUGUUGUAUUUAUUAUUGUGAAAACCAAUGUUGUAAUAAUUUUCUUGAUAUGUUUUGAACAUUUUGAGCAGAAAGUUUAUGAAACAAAUUAGCUUUGACCUUCAUUUUUUAUUUUCUUGUAUACAUACUGAUUCUUUUA